AUGGACGACAUUACACCUGCAUCUGAUCCACGCUAUGGCGGCUCUGGCGAAGGGUCCAACUCUGUUUCCAACUCUGGUAAUCAACACCAGCCCACAGACGAUACCGCGAUGAAUUCCCAAGCGCCCGACGACAACGAACUGCCAUUCGAUUUGCACGACGACGACCACGUUCAGGGCAACAACUUCGCUUUCACUCCGACACAACUACAUAAACUCCUGACUACAAGGAGUAUUCCAGCCCUGCGCGCCUUUGGUGGUUUGCUGGGUUUAGCUGCCGGCCUGCGUACGGAUAUUUCGACCGGACUCAGCGUUGACGAAACGACUCUCGAUGGCACCGUCACCUUCGACGAAGCCGUAGCUUCCGGCAGCCUUGAACGACCGCCAGUGAUUACCGCUGCUUCUCCUCCACCAUCGCCGCCGCUCCUCCAGAAUGGCUUAUUCGAACAUCAUGAUAAGCAUUAUGUCGAUCGUAAACGUGUUUUCGGAGAUAACCGCCUUCCUCAAAUAGCACAAAAGUCUUUCUUCAGAUUGCUCUGGAUCGCUUUCAACGACAAGCUUAUAAUACUUUUGACGAUAUCCGCUACCAUCUCGCUCGCCAUAGGUAUCUACCAGUCAACCGACUCGUCAGGCGCAUCGCGUGUUGAGUGGGUAGAUGGUGUUACCAUUGUAGUUGCUAUUCUCAUCAUCAUCAUAGCUAGCGCUGCGACCGAUUGGCAAAAGAAUUACAAGUUCAAGAAGGUCAAUGAGCGGAAGCAACAGAGGGAUGUGACGGUUGUUCGAUCGGGUAGACUACAGCGCAUCUCUGUUCAUGAGGUUGUUGUCGGCGAUCUCAUGCACCUUGAAGCUGGUGAUGUCGUUGCUGUUGAUGGCAUUCUCGUCCAAGCAUCAAGUCUGCAGAUGAACGAGUCUUCAAUAUCUGGAGAAGCUGAACUGGUUCACAAAUGCGUACCGGGCCAUAACCAUCCUCGACCUGACCCUUUCAUUCUGAGUGGAACUACUGUUGCGCGCGGCGUUGGCUCCUAUAUCGUCACUGCUGUCGGAGUCAACUCAACUUACGGGCGUAUUCUGAUGUCGUUGCGAGACGAUGUUAAAGCAACGCCACUCCAGGUAAAGCUUGGCCGUCUCGGCAAGCAGCUCAUCACCAUUGGUGCCAUUGCCGGUUCCAUCUUCUUCCUCAUCCUCUUCAUCCGUUUCAUGACUACCAUCAAUAGCAUCACCGGUGGACCAUCUCAGAAAGCCGAAGACUUCCUGCAUAUCCUGAUCUUGUCCGUUACGGUUGUUGUAAUCACAGUUCCUGAAGGAUUGGCGCUCAAUGUGACCAUCGCCCUUGCCUUUGCUACAAAACGGAUGCUUCGAGACAAUAACCUGGUUCGGUUGAUUCGUUCUUGCGAGAUUAUGGGAAAUGCGACAACUGUCUGCUCUGACAAGACAGGUACUCUUACCCAAAACAACAUGAGUGUGGUGGUUGGACGUGUUGGGCUCGAGUCUUACUUCGAUGACACUGAAUCUGUCACUCCGGAUCCCGAUGCAUCCAUGUCACGCGCUUCAACCAUCAAAUGCGACAGUUCUAUCGAUCUCGCAAAAUCACUAUCACCUGACUGUCGAAGGUUGCUUAAGGAUAGCAUCGCGCUCAACUCUACAGCUUUUGAGACCGACGACUCCGCAUCUUCGCCCUUUAUGGGAUCAAGCACCGAGACUGCAUUGCUGCAAUUCAGUCGUCAGCAUUUGGGUAUGGGUAACUUGGCCGAGGAGCGAGCUAACUGUCCCAUCAUCGCCAUUCUUCCCUUUGACUCAUCUCGAAAGUGGAUGGCCGUUUUGGUCAAGGUUAAUGAUGAUCGAUAUCGACUCUUGGUUAAGGGAGCCGCAGAAGUUGUUUUCGAGUAUUGUGCUUUCGUCAUCCUGGAUCCGACCUUUAGACUUCCAAUCGCCCGCCUAUCAGAAAGUGACCGCGCAAGCUAUCGCAACACGAUUGAAGACUACGCCGGCAGAAUGUUGCGGCCUGUUGCCAUGGCCUACCGCGACUUUACGGCUCAAGAGAUCUUUGAGGGCCCUGAUGAGGACCCCGAUAACAUUAAUCUGGAAUGGUUGGCGUCUGGCAUGAUCUUUGUUGGUGCAUUUGGUAUUCGUGACCCGUUACGACCUGAAGUUGUAGAGUCAGUCCGCCAAUGUCAAGCUGCUGGAGUGUUCGUUCGCAUGGUUACAGGUGACAAUUUCCUGACGGCCAAGGCCAUUGCCACGGAGUGUGGUAUUUAUACCGCCGGUGGUAUUGCCAUGGAUGGACCGACCUUCAGAGAUCUCAAGCCAGAGCAACUUGAUGCUGUUAUCCCAAGACUACAAGUGCUAGCCCGAUCGAGCCCCGAGGACAAACUGCUUCUCGUUACUCAUCUGAAGCGAAUGAACGAAACGGUUGCAGUGACAGGUGAUGGCACCAACGAUGGUCUGGCCCUCAAGGCAGCUGAUGUUGGUUUUGCUAUGGGUAUUCAAGGCACUGAGGUCGCGAAAGAAGCUGCAUCCAUCAUUCUUCUUGACGAUAACUUUGCUUCUAUCGUCAAGGCUCUAAGCUGGGGCCGAACUGUGAAUGAUUCGGUCAAGAAGUUCUGCCAGUUCCAAUUCACUAUCAAUAUCACUGCAUGUAUCAUUACCGUCGUUUCGGAGCUUGUCGGCGAUGCUGUUUUCACUGUUGUACAACUGCUUUGGAUCAACUUGAUUAUGGAUAUUUUUGCAUCUCUUGGUUAUGCCACCGAUCACCCAUCGCCCGACUUCCUGAAGCGCAAACCUGAACCUCGCAACGCGUCUAUCAUUUCCAUCACUAUGUGGAAGAUGAUCAUCUGCCAAGCUAUCUAUCAGUUGACGGUGGUCUUUGUCGUCCAUUACGCCGGCUGGGAUACCUUCAACCCCGAUACGGAAUUCGAGAUCGAGAAGCUUCAGACGCUGGUGCUCAACAUUUACGUAUGGAUGCAGUUCUUCAACCAACACAACUGUCGCCGUGUGGAUAACAAGAUUGAUAUCUGGUACCAAGGUAUCUUGCGAAAUGUUUGGUUCAUUGGCGUGCAGCUUAUCACUAUUGUUGGCCAAUUCAUCAUCGUUUUUAAGGGAGGCGAAGCCUUUGACACUACCCCUCUUACGGGUGCCCAGUGGGGAUGGAGUCUUCUCUUUGGCGUCAUGUCCAUUCCCUUGGGUGCAUUGAUUCGACAAAUCCCGGACAGUUGGUUCGCAAACCUCUUUGCACUAAUAGGUGCCGCUUGGUUUGCGAUCUGGCGACCGUUCCGUGCAUUCAUGUCCAGAGCCUUCAGUUGCCUCAAGCGCAAGAAGGAAGAGGACAAAGAGGAACAACCAAAAACGGAACACGAGAUGGGUCCUGUUGAGAACAUCCUUCACAUGAUGCAUUUGACCCCGGAUCCUGAGGAUGACGAGACACCAAUGACGCAAGAACAAAGAGAAGCUAUGGCUCGAUCAGACCAAAGAAGAAGAAUAAAGCAAGGGGAGAAAGAAAAGCGAGAGAUUGACCUCGGUGCUCUGGUGGAGGCGAGCAGGCUAGGCAAACCAACCGCCGGUGCCAUCUUCGAGAUUCACCCCAAGACACUCAAGGAUGACCCUCUUCUGAGGACCAGUGGUGGCAAUACCCUACCGCCGAGUCAAGAUGAAGCAUUCAUGAAGUUUGUCGCAGUAAAUCUACCCCGGCCACGUCGAGCAAGGAGGACGAAUCCUCGAGGCCAGACACAACGACAGGAGCAAAAGAAGAGCUCCUGGAGACACCACAUCACUUGGGAAGGAUUGUUGAGAUCUAAGAGAAGAUAA